AUGUCUUCUUUCCCCUCCCAGGAUGCGAAGAAGGCUCUGAGUCGGGGCUCCAAGAUGAGUGUGACAUCAUGGUUCCUGGUCAGCAGCUCAGGCACAAGACACCGGUUGCCACCAGAGAUGAUCUUUGUAGGCCGGGAGGAGUGCGAGCUCAUGUUGCAGGUGUGUAUGACAUCUACAGCACCUUCUGUUUACACACCAGACACAUCAAUCUGUCAUGUGACCCUUAGACAAUCAGCUGUCCAUUCACACUCUUGUGAAAGGAUGUAGCCUAUAAUAGGGUCAUGACUCAAAGAAAGCAAGUUAGGUUAAUGUACUAGAGCUCUUGUAGGAGUUGAUCUGUGUGUACUUGAGAGGUUUGUGUUACGGGUGUUUUUAAGAGUAGUGCCUGCUGGGAGUAAUUGCCUCUGGCAACCGUUCAAUGUUAAAGAAAAAUGCUUACUUAUACAUUCCACCCUGCUGUUUUUCUCCAUGUUUCCUGGUUCUAGUUACUGUUUGGAAUUCUUUGGGAAUUUCUCUGUGUACUUCUCGCUCUUAAGCCACUGGAAAAAAGAACGCUGCCUUGAAAAUAGUUUAUAAACUUUCCUCAGUCUGUGGUUUGUUCAAAAUGCCCUUCCCACCACAUCUGCUUGCAGAAUUGAAAAGCUGCUCUUGUCCACAUUCAGGCAUCACUUUCAGGCAUCAUUGGAAAUGUUGCUUACUUACGGUCCAUUCGGAAAGUAUUCAGACCCCUUGACUUUUUAAACAUUUUGUUAUGCUACAGCCUUAUUCUAAAAUGGAUUAAACACAAUCUACACACAAUACCCCAUAAUGACAAAGCAAUAACAGGAUUUUAGAAAUGUUUGCAAAUGUAUUAAAAAUUAAAAACAGAAAUACCUUAUUUACUGUUGUCUCGUUGAGGACAGGGAUGAUGGUUUGAGUUGUGUGAAGUGGUCACUCUGCCUGUUCAGUGUCAGACUGGAGUUGUCAAAGACUCCAGUCAUCAAAGACAUAGACUGUUCUCUCUGCUACCGCACGGCAAACCGUACCGGAGCACCAAGUCUAGGUCCAAAAGGCUCCUUAACAGCUUCUACCCCAAGCCAUAAGACUGCUGAACAAUUAAUCAAAUGGCUACCCGGACUAUUUGCAUUAGUGUCCUAAGUUUUCAUAACUGUGACCUUAAUUGCCUACGGUCUGUAAGCUGUUAGUGUCUUAACGACCGUUCCACAGGUGCAUGUUCAUUUAUUUUUAUGGUUCAUUGAACAAGCAUGGGAAACAGUGUUUAAACCCUUUACAAUGAAGAUCUGUGAAGUUAUUUCGAUUUGUUCGAAUUAUCUUUGAAAGACAGGGUCCUGAAAAAGGGACGUUUCUUUUUUUGCUGUGUGUGUGUGUAUAUAUAUUAUAUAUAUAUAUAUAUAUAUAAGAGGAUUGGGAUGAAACCAAAAUAGAACUUUUUGGUAAAAACUCAACUCGUCGUGUUUGGAGGACAAAGAAUGCUGAGUUGCAUCCAAAGAACACCAUACCUACUGUGAAGCAUGGGGGUGGAAACAUCAUGCUUUGGGUCUGUUUUUCUGCAAAGGGACCAGGACGACUGAUCCGUGUAAAGGAAAUAAUAAAUGGGGCCAUGUAUCGUGAGAUUUUGAGUGAAAACCUCCUUCCAUCAGCAAGGGCAUUGAAGAUGAAACGUGGCUGGGUCUUUCAGCAUGACAAUGAUCCCAAACACACCGCCCGGGCAACGAAGGAGUGGCUUCGUAAGAAGCAUUUCAAGGUCCUGGAGUGGCCUAGCCAGUCUCCAGAUCUCAACCCCAUAGAACAUCUUUGGAGGGAGUUAAAAGUCCGUGUUGCCCAGCGACAGCCCCAAAACAUCACUGCUCUAGAGGAGAUCUGCAUGGAAGAAUGGGCCAAAAUACCAGCAACAGUGUGAAAACCUUGUGAAGACUUACAGAAAACGUUUGACCUGUGUCAUUGCCAACAAAGGGUAUAUAACAAAGUAUUGAGAAACUUUUGUUAUUGACCAAAUACUUAUUUUCCACCAUAAUAAUCGCAAUAAAAUGCAAAUGAAUUACUUAAAAAUCAUACAAUGUGAUUUUCUGGAUUUUUGUUUUAGAUUCCGUCUCUCACAGUUGAAGUGUACCUAUGAUAAAAAUUACAGACCUCUACAUGCUUUGUAAGUAGGAAAACCUGCAAUAUCGGCAGUGUAUCAAAUACUUGUUCUCCCCACUGUGUGUGUGUGUGUAUAGUAUAUUAUAUAUAUAUUAUAUAUAUAUAUAUAUAUAUAAUAUAUAUAUAUAUAUAUAUAGGUAAAAGUCAGUAAAUUAGAAUAUUUUGAAAAACUUGAUUUAUUUCAGUAAUUGCAUUCAAAAGGUGUAACUUGUACAUUAUAUUUAUUCAUUGCACACAGACUGAUGCAUUAAAAUGUUUAUUUCAUUUAAUUUUGAUGAUUUGAAGUGGCAACAAAUGAAAAUCCAAAAUUCCGUGUGUCACAAAAUUAGAAUAUUGUGUAAGGGUUACAUUUUGAAGACACCUGGUGCCACAAAAUAAUCAGCUGAUUAACUCAAAACACCUGCAAAGGGCUUUAAAUGGUCUCUCAGUCCAGUUCUGAAGCCUACACAAACAUGGGGAAGACUUCAGAUUUGACAGCUGUCCAAAAGGCGACCAUCGACACAUUGCACAAGGAGGGAAAGACACAAAAGGUUAUUGCAGAAGAGGCUGGCUGUUCUCAGAGCUCUGUGUCCAAACACAUUAAUAGAGAGGCAAAGGGAAGGAAAAACUGUGGUCAGAAAAAGUGUACAAGCGAUAGGGAUCACCGCGCCCUAGUCAAGAUUGUGAAAAAAAACCCAUUCAAAAAUGUGGGGGAGAUUCACAAGGAGUGGACAGCUGCUGGAGUCAGGGCUUCAAGAUCCACCACCAAGAGACGCUUGAAAGACAUGGGUUUCAACUGCCGCAUACCUCGUGUCAAGCCACUGUUGACCAAGAAACAGCGCGAAAAGCGUCUCACCUGGGCUAAGGAAAAAAAGAGCUGGACUGCUGCUGAGUGGUCUAAAGUCAUGUUUUCUGACGAAAGCAAAUUUUGCAUUUCCUUUGGAAAUCGAGGUCCCAGAGUCUGGAGGAAGACAGGAGAGGCACAGGAUCCACGUUGCCUGAAGUCUAGUGUAAAGUUUCCACCAUCAGUGAUGGUUUGGGGUGCCAUGUCAUCUGCUGGUGUCGGUCCACUCUGUUUCCUGAGAUCCAGGGUCAACGCAGCCGUUUACCAGCAAGUUUUAGAGCACUUCAUGCUUCCUGCUGCUGACCUGCUCUAUGGAGAUGGAGAUUUCAGGUUCCAACAGGACUUGGCGCCUGCACACAGCGCAAAAUCUACCCGUGCCUGGUUUACGGACCAUGGUAUUUCUGUUCUAAAUUGGCCAGCCAACUCCCCUGACCUUAGCCCCAUAGAAAAUCUGUGGGGUAUUGUGAAAAGGAAGAUGCAGAAUGCCAGACCCAACAACGCAGAAGAGUUGAAGGCCACUAUCAGAGCAACCUGGGCUCUCAUAACACCUGAGCAGUGCCAGAAACUCAUCGACUCCAUGCCACGCCGCAUUAAUGCAGUAAUUGAGGCAAAAGGAGCUCCAACCAAGUAUUGAGUAUUGUACAUGCUCAUAUUUUUCAUUUUCAUACUUUUCAGUUGGCCAACAUUUCUAAAAAAUCCCUUUUUUGUAUUAGCCUUAAGUAAUAUUCUAAUUUUGUGACACACGGAAUUUUGGAUUUUCAUUUGUUGCCACUUCAAAUCAUCAAAAUUAAAUGAAAUAAACAUUUGAAUGCAUCAGUCUGUGUGCAAUGAAUAAAUAUAAUGUACAAGUUACACCUUUUGAAUGCAAUUACUGAAAUAAAUCAAGUUUUUCAAAAUAUUCUAAUUUACUGACUUUUACCUGUAUGUAUAUAUAUAUAUAUAUAUAUAUAUAUAUAUAUAUAUAUAUAUAUAUAUAUAUAUAUAUAUAUAUAUAUAUAUAUAUAUAUAUAUACAUACACACACAGUGGGCAAAAAAGAAUUUAGUCAGCCACCAAUUGUGCAAGUUCUCCCACUUAAAAAGAUGAGAGAGGCCUGUAAUUUUCAUCAUAGGUACACGUCAACUAUGACAGACAAAUUGAGGAAAAAAAUUCCAGAAAAUCACAUUGUAGGAUUUUUAAUGAAUUUAUUUGCAAAUUAUGGUGGAAAAUAAGUAUUUGGUCACCUACAAACAAGCAAGAUUUCUGGCUCUCACAGACCUGUAACUUCUUCUUUAAGAGGCUCCUCUGUCCUCCACUCGUUACCUGUAUUAAUGGCACCUGUUUGAACUUGUUAUCAGUAUAAAAGACACCUGUCCACAACCUCAAACAGUCACACUCCAAACUCCACUAUGGCCAAGAGCAAAGAGCUGUCAAAGGACACCAGAAACAAAAUUGUAGACCUGCACCAGGCUGGGAAGACUGAAUCUGCAAUAGGUAAGCAGCUUGGUUUGAAGAAAUCAACUGUGGGAGCAAUUAUUAGGAAAUGGAAGGCAUACAAGACCACUGAUAAUCUCCCUCAAUCUGGGGCUCCACGAAAGAUCUCACCCCGUGGGGUCAAAAUGAUCACAAGACCGGUGAGCAAAAAUCCCAGAACCACACGGGGGGACCUAGUGAAUGACCUGCAGAGAGCUGGGACCAAAGUAACAAAGCCUACCAUCAGUAACACACUACGCCGCCAGGGACUUAAAUCCUGCAGUGCCAGACGUGUCCCCCUGCUUAAGCCAGUACAUGUCCAGGCCCGUGCUAGCGUGCAUUUGGAUGAUCCAGAAGAGGAUUGGGAGAAUGUCAUAUGGUCAGAUGAAACCAAAAUAGAACUUUUUGGUAAAAACUCAACUCGUUGUGUUUGGAGGACAAAGAAUGCUGAGUUGCAUCCAAAGAACACCAUACCUACUGUGAAGCAUGGGGGUGGAAACAUCAUGCUUUGGGGCUGUUUUUCUGCAAAGGGACCAGGACGACUGAUUCGUGUAAAGGAAAGAAUGAAUGGGACCAUGUAUGGUGAGAUUUUGAGUGAAAACCUCCUUCCAUCAGCAAGGGCAUUGAAGAUGAAACGUGGCUGGGUCUUUCAGUAUGACAAUGAUCCCAAACACACCGCCCGGGCAACGAAGGAGUGGCUUCGUAAGAAGCAUUUCAAGGUCCUGGAAUGGCCUAGCCAGUCUCCAGAUCUCAACCCCAUAUAAAAUCUUUGGAGGGAGUUGAAAGUCCGUGUUGCCCAGCGACAGCCCCAAAACAUCACUGCUCUAGAGGAGAUCUGCAUGGAGGAAUGGGCCAAAAUACCAGCAACAGUGUGUGAAAACCUUGUGAAGACUUACAGAAAACGUUUGACCUGUGUCAUUGCCAACAAAGGGUAUAUAACAAAGUAUUGAGAAACUUUUGUUAUUGACCAAAUACUUAUUUUCCACCAUAAUUUGCAAAUAAAUUCAUUAAAAAUCAUACAAUGUGAUUUUCUGGAUUUUUUUUCCUCAUUUUGUCUGUCAUAGUUGACGUGUACCUAUGAUGAAAAUUACAGGCCUCUCUCAUCUUUUUAAGUGGGAGAACUUGCACAAUUGGUGGCUGACUAAAUACUUUUUUUCCCCACUGUAUAUAUAUAUAUAUACACAGUGAGGGAAAAAAGUAUUUGAUCCCCUGCUGAUUUUGUACGUUUGCCCACUGACAAAGACAUGAUCAGUCUAUAAUUUUAAUGGAAGGUUUAUUUGAACAGUGAGAGACAGAAUAAUAAAAAAUUAAUAAUAAUAAAAAUAAAGAAUAACAAAAUACAAAUCCAGAAAACGCAUGUUAUGAAUUGAUUUGCAUUUUAAUGAGGGAAAUUAGUAUUUUACCCCUCUGCAAAACAUGACUUAGUACUUGGUGGCAAAACCCUUGUUGACAAUCACAGAGGUCAGAUGUUUCUUGUAGUUGGCCACCAGGUUUGCACACAUCUCAGGAGUGGUUUUGUCCCACUCCUCUUUGCAGAUCUUCUCCAAGUCAUUAAGGUUUCGAGGCUGACGUUUGGCAACUCAAACCUUCAGCUCCCUCCACAGAUUUUCUAUGGGAUUAAGGUCUGGAGACUGGCUAGGCCACUCCAGGACCUUAAUGUGCUUCUUCUUGAGCCACUCCUUUGUUGCCUUGGCCGUGUGUUUUGGGUCAUUGUCAUGCUGGAAUACCCAUCCACGACCCAUUGUCAAUGCCCUGGCUGAGGGAAGGAGGUUCUCACCCAAGAUUUGACGGUACAUGGCCCCGUCCAUCGUCCCUUUGAUGCGGUGAAGUUGUCCAGUCCCCUUAGCAGAAAAACACACCCAAAGCAUAAUGUUUCCACCUCCAUGUUUGACGGUGGGGAUGGUGUUCUUGGGGUCAUAGGCAGCAUUCCUCCUCCUCCAAACACGGCGAGUUGAGUUGAUGCCAAAGAGCUCCAUUUUGGUCUCAUCUGACCACAACACUUUCACCCAGUUCUCCUCUGAAUCAUUCAGAUGUUCAUUGGCAAACUUCAGACGGGCCUGUAUAUGUGCUUUCUUGAGCAGGGGGACCUUGCGGGCGCUGCAGGAUUGCAGUACUUCACGGCGUAGUGUGUUACCAAUUGUUUUCUUGGUGACUAUGGUCCCAGCUGCCUUGAGAUCAUUGACAAGAUCCUCCUGUGUAGUUCUGGGCUGAUUCCUCACCGUUCUCAUGAUCAUUGCACCUCCACGAGGUGAGAUCUUGCAUGGAGCCCCAGGCCGAGGGAGAUUGACAGUACUUUUGUGUUUCUUCCAUUCUCACCAAGCUGCUUGGCGAUGGUCUUGUAGCCCAUUCCAGCCUUGUGUAGGUCUACAAUCUUGUCCCUGACAUCCUUGGAGAGCUCUUUGGACUUGGCCAUGGUGGAGAGUUUGGAAUCUGAUUGAUUGAUUGCUUCUGUGGACAGGUGUCUUUUUAUACAGGUAACAAACUGAGAUUAGGAGCACUCCCUUUAAGAGUGUUCUCCUAAUCUCAGCUCGUUACCUGUAUAAAAGACACCUGGGAGCCAGAAAUAUUUCUGAUUGCGAGGGUCAAAUACUUAUUUCCCUCAUUAAAAUGCAAAUCAAUUUAUAACAUUUUUGACAUGCGUUUUUCUGGUUUUGUUGUUGUUAUUCUGUCUCUCACUGUUCAAAUAAACCUAGCAUUAAAAUUAUAGACUGAUAAUUUCUUUGUCAGUGGGCAAACUUACAUAAUCAGCAGGGGAUCAAAUACAUUUUUCCCUCACUGUACAUACAUGCAUACAUACAGUACCAGUCAAAAAUUUGGACACACCUACUCAUUCCAGGGCUUUUCUUUAUUUUUACUAUUUUUUACAUUAUAGAAUAAUAGUGAAGACAUCAAAACUAUGAAAUAACACAUAUGGAAUCUUGUAAUAAUAAUAAUAAUAUGCCAUUUAGCAGACGCUUUUAUCCAAAGCGACUUAGUCAUGCGUGCAUACAUUUUUGUGUAUGGGUGGUCCCGGGGAUCGAACCCACUACCUUGGCGUUACAAGCGCCGUGCUCUACCAGCUGAGCUACAGAGGACCAACAAAGUGUUAAACAAAUCAAAAUAUGUUUUGUAUUUGAGAUUCUUCAAAAUAGCCACCCUUUGCCUUGAUGACAGCUUUGCACACUAUUGGCAUUCUCUCAACCAGAUUAAUGAGGUAGUCACCUGGAAUGCAUUUCAAUUAACAGGUGUGCCUUGUUAAAAGUUAAUUGGUCGAAUUUCUUUCCUUCUUAAUGCAUUUGAGCCAAUCACUUUUGUUGUGACAAGGUAGGGGGGGUGUAUACAGAAGAUAGCCCUAUUUGGUAAAAGACCAAGUCCAUAUUAGGGCAAGAACAGCUCAAAUAAUCAAAGAGAAAUGACAGUCCAUCAUUACUUUAAGACAUGAAGGUCAGUCAAUCCAGAAAAUUUGAAGAACUUUAAAAGUUUAUUUAGGUGCAGUUGCAAAACCCAUCAAACGCUAUGAUGAAACUGGCUCUCAUGAGGACCAUGAAGCAUGGAGGAGGAGGUGUUAUGGUGUGGGGGUGCUUUGCUGUUGACACUGUCUGUGAUUUAUUUAGAAUUCAAGGCACACUUACCAGCAUGGCUACCACAGCAUUCUGCAAUGAUACGCCAUCCCAUCUGGUUUUGGCUUAGUGGGACAAUCAUUUUGUUUUUCAGCAGGACAAUGAUCCAACACACCUUCAGGCUGUGUAAGGGCUAUUUGACCAAGAAGGAGAGUGAUUGAGUGCUGCAUCAGAUGACCUGGCCUCCACAAUCCCCCGACCUCAACCCAAUUGAGAUGGUUUGGGAUGAGUUGGACCGCAGAGUGAAGGAAAAGCAGCCAACAAGUGCUCAGCAUAUAUGGGAACUCCUUCAAGACUGUUGGAAAAGCAUUCCAGGUGAAACUGGUUGAGAGAAUGCCAAGAGUGUAGAAAACUGUAAUCAAGGCAAAGGGUGGCUACUUUGAAGAAUCUCAAGUAUAAAAUAUAUUUUGAUUUGUUUAACACUUUUUGGGUUACUACAUGAUUCCAUAUGUGUAAUUUCAUAGUUUCAUUAUCUUCACUAUUAUUGUACAAUGUAGAAAAUAGUAAAAAUAAAGAAAAACCCUGGAAUGAGUAGGUGUCCAAACUUUCGCUAUAUAUAUUUAUAUUUUUUUAGUUAGUAAAUACUUUCUUAAAACUGCAUUGUUGGGCUUGUAAGUAAGCAUUUCACCGUAAGGUCUACACAUGUUGUAUUCGGCGCAUGUGACAAAUAAAAUGUGAUUUGAUUUCAACCAGUGGGUACUAUAAGCACCAGGUUAAUAGUGAUUAUUUGCAGGAAUGUAAGCAAACUCAAAGGCCUAUCCGUUCGACUAUGAGCACACUGUGUAUCUACUGUACAUGCAUGUAGCCUUAAUUGCAGAUAUUUUGUUGCACUGCUUAUGACAGUAUCCAGUCUGAGGUUUGUUAGCCCAUCAGUAUGUGAUGCUCAGGUAUGUUCUCUGUCUUGUUUUACAGUCGCGCAGUGUGGACAAGCAGCAUGCUGUCGUCAACUACAGCCCAGCCACAGACGAGCAUAUGGUGAAGGACCUGGGCAGCCUGAACGGGGUGAGUCCAUGUACCCUCCUUGUCCCCUGCAUACAAGUUAAAUAAAGGAUCCAGCCAGCCACAGCCCUCCCUGGAGGGUCCAGAGGCCCACUACCAGUCCCCCAGGCCCAAGCACAAAAGAGCCCUCUCUGUGCCAGAGAUGGUUGUUAGAGCAGCAAUGAGCACUGCAUUUUCUGCUGUCCUGGGCCUUUUCUUCUGGUCUCUCUCUCGCUCUCUCUUCUUCUGGUGUCUCUCUCUCACUCUCUCUUCUUCUGGUGUCUCUCUCUCGCUCUCUCUUCUUCUGGUCUCUCUCUCUCCUUCUGGUCUCUCUCUCUUUUCUUCUGGUGUCUCUCUCUCUCUCUUUUCUUCUGGUGUCUCUCUCUCUCUCUCUCUUCUUCUGGUCUCUCUCUCUCUCGCGCUCUCUUCUUCUGGUGUCCCUCUCGCUCUCUUCUUCUGGUGUCCCUCUCUCGCUCUCUUCUUCUGGUGUCUCUCUCUCUUUUCUUCUGGUGUCUCUCUCUCUCAUUUCUUCUGGUGUCUCUCUCUCUCAUUUCUUCUGGUCUCUCUCUCUCAUUUCUUCUGGUCUCUCUCUCUCUCGCUCUCUCUUCUUCUGGUCUCUCUCUCUCUCGCUCUCUCUUCUUCUGGUGUCUCUCUCUCUUCUUCUGGUGUCUCUCUCUCUCCUUCUGGUCUCUCUCUCUCUCCUUCUGGUCUCUCUCUCUCUCUCUCCUUCUGGUCUCUCUCUCUUCUUCUGGUGUCUCUCUCUCGCUCUCUCUUCUUCUGGUGUCCCUCUCUUUCUUUUCUUCUGGUCUCUCUCUCUCUCUCUCUCUCUCUCUUUUCUUCUGGUGUCUCUCUCUUGCUCUCUCUUCUUCUGGUGUCUCUCUCGCUCUCUCUUCUUCUGGUAGUGGGUUCGAUCCCCGGGACCAUCCAUACACAAAAAUGUAUGCACACAUGACUGUAAGUCGCUUUGGAUAAAAGCGUCUGCUAAAUGGCAUAUUAUUAUUUUAUUAUUAUUAUUUAUUUUCUUCUGGUGUCUCUCUUGCUCUCUCUCUUUUCGUCUGGUGUCUCUCUUGCUCUCUCUCUUUUCUUCUGGUGUCUCGCUCUCUCCUUCAACAUAGAUGGCCAUUUACAUAACUGCAUAAUCUCAUUAAUGCAUUAACGUACAGGUAGGAUAGCUUAACUUUCACUGGGAAAACAGCCAACUGCAAAGCAUCUUAGCUUUGGCAAACCCCAGAGGCUGUGUGUGCAAGGAAAUGACCUGGAACUAACUCAUUUAUCAUCAGUGUCUGUUAUUAGUCCAAUGGAAUUAAACUAAUCAGGAUUGUUGUGAAAACAUAAUUCCUGUGUGUAGAUUUUUCUGAAGCUUUCAAUGUAAACACACAAAAAAACUAACUUUAUUUAUUUUCUCCCCAGACUUUUGUGAAUGAUCUGAGAAUCCCAGACGAGACUUACAUCACCCUGAAGCUCUCUGAUGUCAUCCGCUUUGGAUAUGAUAUCCUUUUGUUUAUCUGAUAAUGAUUUUGUAAUUUUCUUAGUGUUUUAUUGAUUCUUCAUUGAUUAGGGAUUUUCUUGAUUGGAUCAAAAGGAUGCAUACUUUUUAACCUCUGAGUGCUCUGUUGUAAUUAUUUCUUACAAACAAUUGGAUUUCAUAAAGUUUUGUCUACAAUAGCUGUUAGAAAGCAAUUUAAAACAUUCAUUUUCUUCUUCCUCUGUGGUUUGUGCACCAAACUCUCCCAGCAUAUUAAUUCCUUGUGGUUUGAGUCAGGGGUUUUAGAUUAUGUUCAACUCCGGACUGAAAAUCUUUUGGACCCGUGAACCUCUGAGCUGAAAAACAUGAAUAGUGAAAUUUAGUUUAGAUAACAGGGAGAAAAGCUGCUUAAAGGUAGACAUUUAGACAUGUCACAUGUCUCAGAGUUGUCAGAAAGUUAGAGCUUCAAGGAAUGCAUAGGCUAAUAAUUAGACAAGAUAGCAAGUGUCAGUGACAUGUAUUAUUUAUUCUAACCCAAUGGCUCCUGUCAGAAUAUGCCUUCCUUAGCUCUGCUUCCACAUUGUCAUGUGUACAUCCUGGAGAGGAGUCAACACAAGGUGCCAGAGGAGGCUCUCAAAGUAAGUGCGAACUUCCACACAUGUACAUAUCAUCUAUGAAUAUGAGUGAUUGUCAGGUAGGGGCUUCUUCAUAUCCUACUUUCCUCUUGUGUUUAUUAGCAUGAGAAGUACACCAGCCAGCUGCAGAUGAGUGUGGAGACCCUGGAGGCCAGGAAGAGAGAGAAGGAGAGGCAGCAUGCUAAGGAGAAGACCAGAGACUCAUCCUGCUUCAAACAGGAGAAAGCCGAGCAUAAAGCUGCCCUCGCAGCAGGUAAAACCCUGUUUAACUCGCAACUUCAAGUCUGCCCCAGUCCACCUCUUGUUGUCCUUUUCUUCUAGCGCCCACAGUAUAGGUGCUAUCCUAUAUUAUAGACCAGGCCUAGGCAUUUUCUCUGCAAGGUCAAAAAUUAUAGCAAAUACAAUUGAUUAACUUAACUGUUUGUCUUGUCACAAACAGUACCAGUAAAUACCAGUCUGUUAUGCCUUAGGUAAAAGAUAGCUGCUGAUGUCGGUUUCAAUAUCUUAUUUACAUGAGGAAGAAGAAGAAGAAGCCUUUUAUACCACAAACUGUUAGAGGAUCUGUUAAGAUGUACACAGCUCUCCUUGUUAAGCGCACCCCUAGUGUGCGAUCAAGCUACCUUGUGAGGGGAUCGGGUCAAAGGUUCAAUCCAGUAGGGUCAGACGCGCAGCAUUACUAGUGUGGAACUCCAGUUGGCAGGGUGAGUGAAAUUAUAUUGGGCUUGCCUGCUGAGCAUGUUGAGCUGGGACAGAUAAAGUCUUAUGUCUGUCUGCCAUGCCUCUGGACUGGGGCUGACCCCAGGGAGGCAGGUAGCUUAGUGGUUAAGAGCGUUGUGCCAGUAACCGAAAGGUUGCUGGUUCUAAUCCCCGAACCGACUAGGUGAAAAAUCUGUCGAUGUGCCCUUGAGCAAGGCACUUAACCCUAAUUGCUCCUGUAAGUCGCUCUGGAUAAGAGCGUCUGCUAAAUGACCAAUUUAUUUAUUAUUAUUAUUAUUUACUCCUGGUGGUGCUAGCACGUGCACUAGAAGGAUUAGAAAGGUGCGUGCGUGCGUGCGUGCGGCUGUGUUUUUCGUGCCAAGCGGGCACUGCUGUUAGGGGGAUUGUGGAUUUGCUGUCUCACUCACCGUACAGUCACAGUACUUACAGGUGUCCCUCUGUCCUCAGCUCUGCUUUUGGGCUACAUCUUUUGGGAUUUUAUAUGGUUUACAGUGCAGUUAGGUUCCUAAAGCACCGAGGGGUGUACUCGGCAAGGGAAUGCAGGGGUGGACCAUCACUAGUGGCUUUAACUACUGACAGUCACAAGGUUAUGACACUACAGACCUCCAGCCAUUAACACUUAGUUUAGAGGUUUACGUUCAGCCUCCUCCUCUCCCACUCUGCCUGUAUGUGAUGGGUUAAUGUAGCUACUGACUGAUUCCUUAUGUAGCUACUGACUGAUUCCUUAUUUCCUUCUGAAGCAGCUGGACUGGUGAGGUGACCACAGUGACAGCACAGUGUCAGGGUCCCCACCCUGUUCAGACAUUGAGGCUGUGAGCAGGAUAUGUGUCUGUUUUUCCUGCAGCCUUGCAAGGUGUGGACUGUGGAGCCUGACCUCCUGCUGCUGCCUGUCUGUAAAGCAGUCUGCUGGCUCUCUGAGUGUACAGUAGGCCUGGGUGUGACUGUAGUCUAACCUGACAGGACCUAGGGCUACUCACUGUUUCCACCAUAGACAUUACAGUAACUGUCCACUGUUUCCAGAUUUUUUUGAAAUAUGACCUAUAAUGAAUAACAAUAUGAGUAAAAUUGUUUCCCUAAUUAUGUUAAAAAGCAGCUUUUCUGUGUUGGAAUGGUGUGUGUGCAUACCCCAACAACAGAAUGGUGUGGGUGUAUAACAGUCAUUAAAAAUAUUAAUACAAAUAGUAUUUAGAUGGACUGAGAAGCUCAGUUUUGGUGACUUUUUAAAAUAACAUUCUAGUCCAAAAUGAAUGAAAAUAAAAGUAUGCUGACACCAUCUAAAAUAUAAUUUCCACCUCCAGAAAUGAGCCCAAUAACACAUAGUAAAAUUAGUGAAUUUCUAUUUUUACAUAUUAGGCCAUGUAAAUAGCCUAUGCAUGGUCCACAUUAUCAGGUAGGCUAUGCCUGUAGCCCAACUGAUGCAGCAAAGUGCAAAUAAAUAGGCUGAAGCAUGGGGUUACCUAUCAGCAUUUAUCCUAUUUGGCUAAUCAUUAGGCAGAUCCCAAAUGUGAUCUUUUAACUAUUGUAGUUAUUAUCCUAUUGAUAAAUGUUAUGUCCCACAAAACUUGCUUAAACACAGUGAAUAUAAUGUAGGCCUACCUGUUAGGGUAACUUGGGGUAACACGCCCCCUACCUGUACUUCUCACAGAAACCACUUUGUCACAAUUUUUCCCCCAACACUUCCCUAGUUGCCACUACUUUUGCGCAACCAAAAAUAUUGCCUCAUCACAGUUUAAGUAACUCCCCCCCCAAAAAUUUUUUGGGGUAGAGUGGCGUUGUACUCCAAGCUACCCUACAAUUGGUAUUACAUUUAUCCCCACUCGCCCCUAUGCACUCACUGCAAAUUGCAGAGCAGUAACAUGCUUAACCAUACUGCUGCUAAAAACUCUGGGUUUAAAAUGGUGCAGUUCGUGCAUAUUUAGGAGUUGAGAAAUAAAUAAAGUAGGAAUGGAAAGCUGGGAUCCCCCUCUUUUUAACAAAGGCCAUUAAAGCUGCUGUUUUCGCGAUUGCAAGAAUUGUUGUGCAUUGACUGCUUGUCUGACUGCUUGUCAGAAUGCAUGUUUCCCUCCCUAUGGCACUCAUAACUUGAAUGCGCCACAAGAGGAAUAUUUAUCUCGUGUAGAACACACAGCAACAAGCCUACUAGGUAAGUAGAUAAAUCAGACAUCCCCAUAGUAUAGUAGUUUUUUUGUUCAUUACUCAUUUUGUUUGCAGAGGAAAAGUACAUGUGUACUGUUCUAGCAUCUUCAAAGUGCGCCUCAGCAGAAAUAUUUUUUAUGUACCAAAAUGAGUGUAGCAGAAACACUGAAUCAGCUAUUCCCAGGCCCUAGACCAAGCAGGGAGAGGGGCCUUCUGUUAUAAAUGUGGUCACCUGAUACACAAUACACAAUCCUCCUGGGAGGAGAAUGAGACUGGACACUGCAAAUCCUAAUCUUCAAUAAAGGGAGGACAACAACAACACUGGCCUGCAGAGUUUACAGUGACUCAUCUCUCCAGAGCAGAACAUUGAGACAAACUGCUAUAACCUUCCAUCUACAGUACACUGAGUGUAUAAAGCAUUAGGAAAACCUGCUCUUUCCAUGACAGACUGACCAGGUCAAUCCAGGUGAACGCUAUUAUCCCUUAUUGCCACUUGAAAUGUUUAAGCCUCGAGACAAUCGAGACAUUAAUUGUGUAUGUGUACCAUUGAGGGUGAAUGGGCAAGAUAAAAUAUUUCAGUGCCUUUUGAACAGGGUAUGGUAGUUAGGUGCCAGGCACACCGGUGUGUCAAGAACUGCAACGCUGCUGGGUUUUUCAUGCUCAACAGUUACCUGUGUGUAUCAAGAAUGGUCUUGACACAACUGUAGGCUGCAUUGGAGUCAACAUGGGCCAGCAUCCCUGUGGAAUGCUUUCGACACCUUGUAGAGUCCAUACCCUGACGAAUUGAGGCUGUUCUGAGGGCGGAAGGCUGAAUGCAUACAUGAGUCAAUGUGUUGGACGAGAUGGGUCCCAUUAUGUCUGGCGAAAACCAAACACUGCAUUCCACAAUAAGAACCUCAAAUGGUCAAGCAUGGUGGUAGUAGUGUGAUGGUUUGGGGAUGCUUUGCUGCCUCAGGACCUGGAUGACUUGCCUUAAUAGAAGGAACCAUGAAUUAUCCUCUGUAUCAGAAGCUGAAGCGCAGCUGGGUCAUGCAGCAAGACAAUGAUCCAAAACACACAAUCAAAUCUACAUGAAAAUGGCUAAAAAGCAACAAAUUUGAAGUUUUGGAAUGGCCUAGUCAAAGUCCAGACCUAAUCCCAAUUGAGAUGUUGUGGCAGGACUUGAAACGAGCAGUUCAUGCUUGAAAACCGACAAAUGUCGCUUAGUUAAAGCAGUUCUGCAUGCAAGAGUGGGUCAAAAUUCCUCCACAGGGAUGUGACAGAUUAAUCAACUACAGGAAUAAUUUGGUUGCAGUCAUUGCAGCUUUUUUACACAGGGGAAUUGGGUGUCGCCAAACUUUGUUAAUUAAAUAAAUAAAAUAUGUAGAUUUUUUUUGUUAUUUGUAAACUCAGGUUUGUAAACUCAGGUUCCCUUUAUCUAAUAUUAUGUUUUAGUUGAAGAUCUGAUAACAUUCAGUAAGAGUGGUCAAAAUUCCUGCACAGGCAUGUGUACAGAUUAUCCUGGUGAAUAAUUUUUGCAGCCUUUGCCGCUUUACCGGGAGAUUGGGUGUCGCCAAACUUGGCCCAUGUAGUAAUAAAUAUGUAGAUUUUUUGUUAUUUGUAAACUCAGUUUGUAACUCAGGUUCCCUUUAUCUAUAUUACGUGGGGCAGUAUAAGAUUGAUAACAUAUGUAUCAAAAAUUAGCUCUGAAAGGGGGAUACUUUUUCAAGCACUACAUAAUUAAAUUAUACAUACAUACAUACAUAAUCAUGAUUGAUCCAUAUUAAUAUGUAUUUAUCCAUCUGAGCAGUAAGGGCACUAGGACAGAUUUCCUGUCACCUUCAUUGCUGUGAUGACGUUUAACAGCUGGCUGGCCAGCUCGGGAUGCUAGCCUAUAUGGCAUAAAUCAGAUUAUCCACAUGCCUGGUGUCUGGUUGAAAACUAAACAGCUCCAUUGGGGCUCUCUCACACUGGCCUAAAUAAACCAAAGUACUACAACUCCAAAGUGCUGUUGCCCAGGACACACAAUAAGACAUCAACAGAGAGAGAGAGCGAGAGGGGGAGGAACAGAAGGGCACGUCACUAAUUCCAUUUGGUUUACCCAAUGCUUCAUUUCUAGUUACACAGGAUGGAUGACACACCUAAAAUAGCUUGUGUACCGUCUAUAGAAGGCCUACUGCAUUGCCACAGAGCCAAUAAAGUUUUCUAUGUCAGCAUGCAUCAGGAAUGAUGAACUUUAAAUGCAGAGUCCACCUCAAGUAGUAGAGUGGAGACCAGUGUUUCCGCUGCACUCAUUUUGCUGUGGAACAUGAAAAAAUAUCUCUGCUGAGGCGCACUUUGAAGAUGCUAGAACAGUACACAUUUCCUUUUCCUCUACAAACAAAAAGAGUAGAAAAAUCAGACAACCCCAUUGUAGAAUAGUUUAUAUACAGUGGGGAGAACAAGUAUUUGAUACACUGCCGAUUUUGCAGGUUUUCCUACUUACAAAGCAUGUAGAGGUCUAAUUUUUAUCAUAGGUACACUUCAACUGUGAGAGACGGAAUCUAAAACAAAAAUCCAGAAAAUCACAUUGUAUGAUUUUUAAGUAAUUCAUUUGCAUUUUAUUGCAUGACAUAAGUAUUUGAUACAUCAGAAAAGCAGAACUUAAUAUUUGGUACAGAAACCUUUGUUUGCAAUUACAGAGAUCAUACGUUUCCUGUAGGUCUUGACCAGGUUUGCACACACUGCAGCAGGGAUUUUGGCCCACUCCUCCAUACAGACCUUCUCCAGAUCCUUCAGAUUUCGGGACUGUCGCUGGGCAAUACGGACUUUCAGCUCCCUCCAAAGAUUUUCAAUUGGGUUCAGGUCUGGAGACUGGCUAGGCCACUCCAGGACCUUGAGAUGCUUCUUACGGAGCCACUCCUUGUUGCCCUGGCUGUGUGUUUCGGGUCGUUGUCAUGCUGGAAGACCCAGCCACGACCCAUCUUCAAUGCUCUUACUGAGGGAAGGAGGUUGUUGGCUAAGAUCUCGCGAUACAUGGCCCCAUCCAUCCUCCCCUAAAUACGGUGCAGUCGUCCUGUCCCCUUUGCAGAAAAGCAUCCCCAAAGAAUGAUGUUUCCACCUCCAUGCUUCACGGUUGGGAUGGUGUUCUUGGGGUUGUACUCAUCCUUCUUCUUCCUCCAAACACGGCGAGUGGAGUUUAGACCAAAAAGCUCUAUUUUUGUCUCAUCAGACCACAUGACCUUCUCCCAUUCCUCCUCUGGAUCAUCCAGAUGGUCAUUGGCAAACUUCAGACGGGCCUGGACAUGCGCUGGCUUGAGCAGGGGGACCUUGCGUGCGCUGCAGGAUUUUAAUCCAUGACGGCGUAGUGUGUUACUAAUGGUUUUCUUUGAGACUGGUCCCAGCUCUCUUCAGGUCAUUGACCAGGUCCUGCCGUGUAGUUCUGGGCUGAUCCCUCACCUUCCUCAUGAUCAUUGAUGCCCCACGAGGUGCGAUCUUGCAUAGAGCCCCAGACCGAGGGUGAUUGACCGUCAUCUUGAACUUCUUCCAUUUUCUAAUAAUUGCGGCAACAGUUGUUGCCUUCUCACCAAGCUGCUUGCCUAUUGUCCUGUAGCCCAUCCCAGCCUUGUGCAGGUCUACAAUUUUAUCCCUGAUGUCCUUACACAGCUCUCUGGUCUUGGCCAUUGUGCAGAGGUUGGAGUCUGUUCGAUUGAGUGUGUGGGCAGGUGUCUUUUAUACAGGUAACGAGUUCAAACAGUUAAUACAGGUAAUGAGUGGAGAACAGGAGGGCUUCUUAAAGAAAAACUAACAGGACUGUGAGAGCCGGAAUUCUUACUGGUUGGUAGGUGAUCAAAUACUUAUGUCAUGCAAUAAAAUGCAAAUUAAUAACUUAAAAAUCAUACAAUGUGAUUUUCUGGAUUCCGUCUCUCACAGUUGAAGUGUACCUAUGAUAAAAAUUACAGACCGCUACAUGCUUUGUAAGUAGGAAACCUGCAAAAUCGGCAGUGUUUCAAAUACUUGUUCUCCCCACUGUACUUACCUAGUCGGCUUGUUGUUGUGUGUUCAAUGCAAGAUAAUGAUUCCUCUCGUGGCGCAUUCAAGUUAUGAGUGCCAUAGGGAGGGAAACAAUGCAUUCUGACAAGCAGUCCAAUGCACAACAAUUCUUGCAAUCGCGAAAACAGCCGUUUUAAUGGCCUUUGUUAAAAGAGGGGGAUCCCAGCUUUCUCUUCCUACUUUAUUUAUUUCUCAACUCCUAAAUACAGUAUGCGCGAACUGCACCAUUUUAAACCCUGAGUUUUUAGCAGCUGCAUGGUUAAGCAUGUUACCACUCUGCAAUUUGCAGUGAGCGCAAAGGGGAGAGUGGGGCUAAAUGUAACACUGGUCAAUUGUAGGGUAGCUUGGGGUACAACGCCACCCUACCUAAAACAUUUUUGGGUGGGGUAGUGACUUAAAAAAUGGUGAUAAGACAGAUAUCUUUAGUUGAGCAAGAGUAGUGGCAACCAGGGAAAGUGUUGGGGGGAAAAUGGUGACAUGAAGUGGUUUCUGUGAGAAGUACAGGUAGGGGGCGUGUUACCCUAACAGGUAGGCCUACAUUAUAUUCAGUGUUUAUGCACGUUUUUUGGGACAUAAAUUUCAUCAAUAGGAUAAUAACUAGUUAAAAGAUCACAUUUGGGAUCUGGCUAAUGAUUAGCCAAAUAGGAUAAAUGCUGAUAGGUAACCCCAUGCUUCAGCCUAUUUAUUUGCACUUUGCUGCGUCAGUUGGGCUACAGGCAUAGCCUACCUGAUAAUAUGGACCCUGCAUAGGUUAUAUACAUGGCCCAAUAUGUUAAAAUAAUUUAAAAUAUAUAAUUUUACCAAUGUGUUAUUGGGCUCAUUUCUGGAGGUGAAAAUUGUUUUAAAUGGUGUCAGCAUACUUUUAUUUUCAUUCAUUUUGGAGGAUGAUGUCCUUUUUAAAAAGCCACUAGAACUGAGCUUCUCAGCCCCCCCCCAACUCACCUCAGUGACCUUUUCCCCCCACUGCUACAAAGCUUUCCAGAGGAAACACUGAGCUGAUUCUUCUCUGUUCUCUGAUCUUGUUCUCUCUCUGUCCAUGUGUGUGUUUCUGUUAGUGGCCAGCGAGGCUCCGGUGUCCAGGCCUACUCCUCUGUAUGGACAGCCGUCGUGGUGGGGGGAGGAUGAUGCUGAACACAGUGAAGGACAGCGGCCAGACGAGGACCCUGCAGGUCUGGAACAAACAUUACUAUUACUCGAUCAAUUCAUUUGUUGAUCAGGAUAUGUAUGAGUGAGUGUGCCACUUUGAAAGAGGCCUGGCAUUUUAGUAUUUUUUUAGUCAUUUUAGCAGACACUCUUAUCCAGAGUGACUUACAGUUAAUGACUGCAUACAUUUUCAUACUGGCCCCCCGUGGGAAACGAACCCUCAACCCUGGCGUUGCAAGCGCCAUGCUCUACCAACUGAGCUACAGGGGACUACAGUAUUGUUAUUAGCUGUGCUGGCUCAUAAAGGUUACAGCCCUUGUAUUUGAUUAGAGUGGCAAACAUAACACUUUGUUACGGCACCACAUCAGUGUUGGAUGCAGUGUACUAAGAGAUGAAUGGUGUUUAGCUCUGUGUAAGCUCUGUAGUUCCCACUGGUGACAGGGAGCUGCCAGUGUCACACUGAGCCAAGCCAGUCCAGGACCAUGUCAGGCCAGUGGGCAGCGCCUCGUGAUGGAUUACCCUGUAAACCCAGGGGACAGGGUAGAGGAGGGAGCGUGACUGUUAGCCUCGCUGGAACAGAUUACCUCUCAGCCACUCUCCUUUGGGACUCCAAGCUCCCACAGUGACAUUUUUCCACGUCCAGCUGGCCUGGCACCCACUGAUUGGCUGAUGUAUUUGUUUGUUAGCUCCAGCAGCUAGACUGAGCAAUGUUGUUAUUUGUGGCUUCAGCUUUAGAGAAAAUACUUGGCAGAGACAGAUUUUUUUUUUCUCUGUUUUCCUUGACUGGUGUAGUAUGUCACAGUUGUUGGUUCUCCCCGGUAAUAUUUCAUUAGAGUAGUGUCUAUGAUUCUUUCCCUUACCCACCUCACAUACUGCAUGUCCUUUGUGCCUGCAGUUUACAGUAUUGGCCUAUAUAGUAUUGAUCUAUAUAGACCUACUGUCUUCCCACUGUGUCUGCCCCCACAGAGAAUACUAAAGAGGGCUCCAGACAUGAGGUCAACGGCUCCCUGUCAGACAGCCAGGCCAAGACAAACUACUCACACCACAGGGAGCUAAGCUACUUUGAGAUUCCCACCAAUCAGUUCCAGCAGCGGGAGCUCCAUGAGGUUCCCACUAAGGACACUGACCCCCCUGCUGGCCCUGUCCCUGUUCUCCCCCCAGCACCCACCUCCACCCCCACACCUCCUGUGGUGCAGAGCCACGCCUCCUUCACCAUCGAGUUUGACGAAUGCACACCGGGCAAGAUCAAGGUCAAGGACCAUGUGACCAAGUUUUCCUUCCGCCAGCAACACAAGCUCCCGGGUAAGGAGGCAUUGACAGCGCCCACUGAGGUGAUGUCAACGGAGAGCAAGGUGGCUGAUUGGCUGGUCCAAAGCGACGUGAGAAUGAUGAGGAGGAGGUCUCGGACGGAGGACAUGUUCAGCACAAAGAGUGAGCUGCCCAUCUACAACGAGGCUUCUACAGGUAAACACUCUGACCAUUUAUACACUGAAUCCACUGUCACUAUCCUCUGUUGCUGUCUGAGAGCUAACGUGUUUCUGUUUUUAUAAUCAGGCCACCAUUAUGAGGCUAUCCAAUUAAAGCCACCGAUGGGCCUUCACAUGUCUCUACCACCCCAGCUGGCCCCACCGAGACCCUUCACCCACCCUGACUCAGAGGAGCCUCUGUCCAGCUCCCCUCCAGAGUCUCACUCCCCUUCUCAGAGCCAGGACAAAGCAGACCCCCAGCAGGCCUUCGUCAUCGAGUUCUUUGACGACAAUCCACGCAAGAAGCGUUCACAGUCCUUCACCAACAACACAGCCCAGCUUGACAGCCCAGGCAUCAGGAACAAGCUGGAGAAAAGGUGCGGCCCCAGCACCCCCACCCAGCAGUACACCAUUCCCUUGAAGGGUGCAGGUUCUGGAGGCCCGCAGAGGGCCGGCUCCCUGAGGAGGGAGAAGAUGGAGGAUCGGAUCAGUAACGGCUUCUCCUCCCGCUCCAUCCCUCUCAGGCCCUUUAGAAGUGUGGGCCGCAGGUCCAAGCUGGCCCAGGACUUCACGGCUGAGUUGCUGAGGGAGUCCAGACAGGAGUCUAGGCCUAGCAUCAACACAACCUGGGAGAGGAAUACUUCAACUGUGUCUCCUACCACCAGCCCUUCACCAACAGUAGUGGCAGCAGCCCCCCAUUCCCACCAGACCCCACCAAGCCCCCCUCAGCCCCCUGUUCCAUACCUGACUCAGACCUCCUCCCCUGUCCACCAGUCUGUGCCCCUAAAAGCCCCUCUGAUGCCCAAGGCCCCACGCCCCAUGGAGGCCCCACGCCCCAUGGAGGCCCCACGCCCCAUGGAGGCCCCACGCCCCAUGGAGGCCCCACGCCCCAUGGAGGCCCCACGCCCCAUGGAGGCCCCACACCCCAUGGAGGCCCCACGCGGCCUGGAGGCCCCAAGCCCCACGCAGCCUGGAGGCCUGGGGAAUGAGGAGGAUGAUACCUUGAGUGAAGCAGGCACCUACACCAUCGAGACGGAGGUCCAGGAUAAAGAGGUGGAGGAGGCACGCAGCAAGAUAGAACUGGCAAGUCUCUUCGCCUUACUCUCUGUAGUAGUCAGUCAUUCUCUGUAGUCGUCUGUCAUUCUCUGUAGUCGUCUGUCAUUCUCUGUAGUCGUCUGUCAUUCUCUGUAGUCAUCUGUCAUUCCCUGUAGCCGUCUUAUCUCUCCAAGUUUGUUUAAUAUCACACCUUGUCAUUCCAUGUGCUUCACCAUGAGAUAACCUGCCUUGUCAAGUAUUGGACAGCGAUGCUAUCUAACACAAGCCAACAUGAGUGUCACACAGGAGAGCCAGUGGAUGUGGCAGCCUCCAGCCCUGUAGAGACAGCAUUCACACUCACACAUCAUGCUUUGUUCCUGACAGGUGUUUGGUGUUGUUGAGGGGCCAGAGCAGCCCAGCCAGACUGCAGCAGCAGCAUAUAAGCCUGUUGAGUAUCAGGACAGGGAGGAGUGUAGAGAGAGUAGCUCGGUGGAUCUGAGGCCAGCUCCAGGGCAGGGACAGAAUCUGGUGCAGGUAAACCCCCAGCCGGGCUCAGUGUGGUGACACAUUCCCACAGCUAACCAAUCAACAAUCAGUCAAUUUAAUCGAUUGAUAAAUCAAUCAGUCUGCUGGUUCAAUAAGCUUUCUGCCCUGGAAGCACAAUUCUGCAUGUUCUGGUCUUUCAUGAUUCUCCAUGGUUCUCAUCUCCCUCUUAGAUCUUUAGUUGUUUCUGGGGAUGUUGGUGUUGUAGUUCUUUACUUCCGACUGGGUUUGGGUGUGUCCAACUGGUUCUCUGGUGGUGUCCUUGGUUUCUAUCUAAGGAGUGGAAUGGGUGUGGCGGUAGGGAUGUUGGAUUUCUGCUGUCAUAAAAUGUAAUUUUCAGAUAUAAAAACUAUCCCAACAUCCCAAGCUGUAAAUGUGUUUAUUCGCCAAAUAGAUUUUUCAAUCAUCAAAUAUAAUUUCUGGAACGUGAUUGUGUUAUUUUUCCUUAUAUUUUAAGCCUGAUUGUGUUUGACUACUGUCGAGACAUGUGAAUAACUAGUGUGAUCCUCCCUGCAGGUACCUGGUGGCUCUAAGUGGGUGUCUCGCUGGGCCAGCCUGGCAGACAGCUACACAGACUCUGGCCCUGCCUCAGGCCUCUUCAACAUCCCCUCACAGAUGGACCUGUCAGGAGGAGGUAAGACACCUGAUGGGAAUUUGAAAUGAUAAUGAGUUAUAGUCCUGAUUAUCAACUUGAUUAAAAAUGCAUCUGCCUGUUUCCAUUCAGUUGGUGGGAGAACCGUCCAUCAGGCGACGCUCAGUCGGAACAUCAACAAUGUGGAAUCGGAAGGCCAGAGUUCCAGAACACAGCGGAUUCUGCCUCAGGCACCGUCGAUGGAGAAGAAUGAGACUCCAACUCCCAGCAUUCUUAUCCAUCAGGACACUUACUUUACCUAUGAUAUCAAAGAGAGGAGCUCCAGAGUCCCCGGACCACAGGAGGACCUCAACAACCUGUCUGUACAGCACGACCUUGACCCAGACAGCCUGAGUGAUGCCAGUAAGUCAGACGACGGCUCCAUCGUGGAGCAGAGGAAGACACCCACACCAGAGACGACAGACAAGAGUUCAUCUCAGAGCAGAGAAGAGGAGAGGCCCACACUCCCAGCCAAGUCUACAUCAUUCUACAUCGGCUCUAAGGAGACUGUGUCUAAACAGGAGCAGGGAUCCAGACCCAAUACACCUAAGACUGAGAGAAAACCACCUCCUCCCAAGACACCACAGUUCUCCACAGCCACCCUGACCAAACAACAGGGUGGACAAGACUUACAGAAGACGAUCAAGCUCAACUCAUCAGCUCCCAAGCUGGACUACCAGGGCAGAGUCAGCCCUCAGCCCAAGGAGAUCUCAGUGUCUCUGGUCAGGCAGGAGAGCUUCACUAAGGACCAGCCAAGUGAUGCUGCCCAGGUCACCAGACUCCCUCACAUCUCCAGCCAGCCUGCUCUGAGUGACCCUGACCCUGCUGAGGCGUUCCAGGGUGUCUGCAGCCAGGACACCCACUCCUACCUCAAAGGGACCGAGGACACUCUGGCUGCCCUGGAGGCCAAGCUCCAGGCCCAGCCACCUGAUGUUGCUCCUCGCCCCAUAGAUUACUCUCUGUCUGGGGAGUCUGACAUGGACUCAGCCAGCACUGCCAGCCAGCACAGCAACCAGACUGCCCCCAAGACCGGAUCCAAGAAGCCCUUUAUCACUAGUGGCCUUCAGAGGGAGAGGUCCUCUGCCAGCUCCUUCACCCAGGAGUCCAGUCGCCAGCAGUCAGCCCUCGAUCGCCUGUCAGAGAAGCGGCGGUCCCAGGGAGUGGACAUCAGCAGGAAGCCUGAACAAGACCGGAGGCUGGGGAUGAGACGCUGUGCAGGAAAACAUGUCUCCAUGGACCUGAGUGAUGACCCCCAGAGCUUCAGCUUACCCUACUGGCCUGAAACCAUCUCCUCAGACCAGGAGGGCUCCCGGCCCGCUGCAUGCAAGAAGUACACCGUCCCCCUGCAGAAAGAGGAUUUCACUAAGUCCUCCAAAGUGACCCAGGCCCUAAGCCGCUCCAACAGCAUGUCUGCCCCACGGCCCACAAGAGCUUCAAUGCUUCGCCGGGCUCGCCUGGGCGAGGCGUCCGACAACGAGGGCACAGAGACGGACAGAAUCUCCCAGAACUCACAGGAAGCCAGUGGGACCACCAAGGCCUCCCAGGACAGUAAGAAGCAGCUCUCCAGGCUGGACAUGCUGGCUCUGCCCCGGAAGAGGACUAGCUCCUUCACCACUCCCAGUGAUGCAGAGUCCUCUGCACCCAGGACAGGCUUCUCCAACCGCAGCACAGAGUCCAACAGCGGCUCUGGCCGUAAGGCCUCCGUGGCUGGGCCCAGCACUAAGCCUGCGCUAGGCAGGGCCUCUGGAGCAGGCAAGCUCAUCACCCGCGUCCGCUCCAGCAGUGCCAAAUACACCAGCAGCACAGCCAGUGAGUAACAGACACGCAUAUCACUGUCCCCUUUGCCUUUUAAUAUGUAAUGUGAUGUAGUACUGUCUUAGUUAUAAUUUAUUACAGGUGUAAGAACCUGAAAGGUAAAACUGUUUAAAUAUGUCUCAGCCGUUCCUGUAAUAUUACAGAAAUAUAAUGAAAGAUGAAAAUGACGUCUUCUGGAUUGGAGGAAUCAGAAUUUAGGUCUGCGUAAAGGAGACAAGUCCUAUUAAUUAUCUAGAUGAAUUGGUUCUGAGUGAGUUUGAGAUCAUUAGUUCAACUAACAAGUUAUGAAGGUGCAAGCCUUGGUUGUAUUCUUCUGGAGAUUUGGUUUCAUCAGCCAUGGUUUAAAGCUCCCUGACCUUUGACUUGAAGUGCCUCCACUAACUACACUAAUGCUGUAUUGCUAUUUGCAAUUGAAAUAUAAUCCCUUCAGUAAAUUCUACUAGAAUACCUGUGGUGAAGGUGGAUACCAUCUGCACAAUGUUCUCAUAAUCAUUAUGUAAUCUUCAAUCAUGAUAACAUAACUGUCUAGAACAAUGUUGUGAGAAUAUUGUGGGUCAGAUGCGGAAUACCGUACUCUAUCCUUUGAGUGAUAAUCUGUGGUUUAACUAUACUUAACUACAUUUCUCUCUACGUUGUGACUACUAUAUGACUAUGGUCUUCAACAACAUGAUUUUGUGACAGUAGCCAUUACUGUUGGGUUGAGUGCUCAUCUCUGGUUGUGAAUGUUUUUGAAUCAAAGAAAAUCCUAAUGAAUAGGAUAUAAAGAAAGUCUUAGAUCUUGCAUCAGUACAUUUACCAUCUGAAUGAGCACUUCUACAAAACCCUUCUAUAUGGGUCUAUGGGGUAUAUUUAGGUGUUUUGGGAUAUGUGGGGUUUGUAGUUUUUCUAUGGUUUCCUUUCAUGGUGUGUCUCUGUUUUUACCUGCCUUCCUUCUCCUCAUCCUCCUAACCUUCUAACACACCCUUCAAACCAAUUCAUGGCUCCAAGGCUCUAGACGACGACAGAAAGGCUCUGACUGCACCUCCACCUCCGAGGAGGAGUUUGACUCUAACCAGAGCACCCCUAAACACAAACGCUCACACACCCCCUCAGCCUCCCGCUCCCAGCCUCUCAUCCCCCCACGCCCCAAACCCCGCUCACGAGACUCUGACCAGGAGAGUCACGAGGGAGACGCCUACCAGAACUGGUCCUCCCACAGUGCUGAGAUAGCAAGGUGAAUUGAGAUGGCAAGGACACAGCAUUAGCCAGUUCAUGCUAUUGCUAAGUGCUUUAAUUAUCUGCACAGUAAUUGAAGUGGUUCUUGAGUUUUACACUCUUGGUGGAUUGCCUGAGGUAUCCAUCCCUAUGUUGGUCUGUUCUCCCGUUCUAGACUGAGUCAGGACCUGGCUAAAGAUCUGGCCAUCCUUGCCAGGGAGAUCCAUGAUGUGACUGGUGAUGCUGAUCCUCAGAGCUCUUCUGCAGUGGAGGCCAACACACCUGUCUCUACCAUCACCGCCAGGGAGGUGGUAUGUUAACCACAAUGCCCAGUCACACACUGAUAUUUUCUUUAGCACACAAUGCACUAUAUCCUCACCUGUCUUCACUGAUUCCUGUUACAAUGGCUGGAGAAGACAUACACAACAUAUUGACCAAGAGUUUUCAUUCUCUCCAUGCUGUCAGACAGCACAGACAUUUCUUCAGGCUGCCCAGCCUUCUCAGGUGCAGAUUUAUCAAUUGGUUGCUCUCACAUCUGUGGCCAAUGCAAAACAUGAAUUCCACUGUCAUUAAUUGGGUUGUAUCCAUGAAUUCAUCUUGAUUGCUGUUUCUUCCCUGUUUCCAUAUCAGCUACCUUAUGAUUGGCACAUAUGAGAACCAUCCUUAACUGUUGAGACUGUCUGGCUCCUGUUGUAUUGCAGUUGGUCCAUCCCAUCCCAGAGGCUGGUGUGAACUACCAUAGAGUUCCUCCUGGAUCCGCUGCAGCCAGGGACCCCGACCAGACCAUGAUGAAUGACCAGGAACACAACUCUAAGCACAGAGGAUGGGACCAGGAAGCGGUUAGACCAUACUAUUGUUCAUCAUACCACUUCAAGCCAUUUUGAGAAUGUGGAACAUUAUAAAUAGAUUCUGUCUUUUACAAAUUGCUGUUCAGCCCAACUGGGUUCAGCCUUGUCUUUGUAAAAUGGAGAGCUGACUGAAUGUAUUUGUAUGUGAUCUCUCUCUCCAGGUUGUUGUGGAUGAUCUGAUGUUGAAUCCAGUAUCCCAGAUCUCUCUGGCUAUUCGAGAAAACACGGAGCAGCUAGCUGAGAAAAUAAAGUAUGAAUUUAUGCAUAGGCGUGAAGCAUGUUCACAAUACCUUUUCUGUCUGUUCUCAUACCAGAACCAGAUGAGAAGUUUUAUUAAUCCUCUGAUAUGUAGUAAUCUCGUUAGCUCUGCGUGACUGUCUGAGUGAGCUCAGCCUGCCAGCAUGGCUAAUGGACUGAGACUGAGUGGACUGUGCUGUGUUGGGCAGAUAGUCGAUCCUUAGGCGCUACGGGACCUUAAAUAUUCAGUAUAGGAAUUCCUCAUUUGAUAUGUGGUUGCUCUGUCUGUACUCUAGAGUCUGUUUUUGUGCUUGCAGGGUACUAUUCCACAACAAAACUGACGUUUGGGGGGAGAAGCAAUGCUUUGAAGCAAUUCUCAGUAAUGAAAACGACAUCCCCAUCAUGAAAGGCUCAAACAAGGUUGGUAUUUCCUCAAGUUUCUCCAGUUAGUUUAUAGUUAUUUGUGAUGAUUUGCUGUAAAAUGUUUAUUUCCCUCAGCACUGUGUAACAUGCCUAUUUGUAUUUCAGGAAAUCACAUAUAUUCUGAAAGAGCUCAGAAGAGUUCAGAGACAACUUGAAGGUAAGUGCACAUUCAUCACAAUAAUUGAGUAAACAAGCAUCACUUAAAAUGUUUUUUUCUUUUUGUUAAGAUGUUUUCCCUCAGCAUUUCAGAUGUGUUGAUUUACAGUUGAAGUCGGAAGUUUACAUACACCUUAGCCAAAUACAUUUAAACUCAGUUUUUCACAAUUCCUGACAUUUAAUCCUAGUAAAAAUGGUCUUAGGUCAGUUAGGAUCACCACUUUAUUUUAAGAAUGUGAAAUGUCAGAAUAAUAGUGGAGAGAAUGAUGUAAAUGAGAUCUUGUUCUCAACUGGCUUACCUGGUUAAAUAAAGGUGAAAUAAAAAUAAAUAAAUAAAAUUUUCAGCUUUUAUUUCUUUCAUCACAUUCCCAGUGGGUCAGAAGUUUACAUACACUCAAUUAGUAUUUGGUAGCAUUGCCUUUAAAUUGUUUAACUUGGGUCAAACGUUUCGGGUAGCCUUCCACAAGCUUCCCACAAUAAGUUGGGUGAAUUUUGGCCCAUUCCUCCUGACAGAGCUGGUGUAACUGAGUCAGGUUUGUAGGCCACCUUACUCGCACACGCUUUUUCAGUUCUGCCCACAGAUUUUCUAUAGGAUUGAGGUCAGGGCUUUGUGAUGGCCACUCCAAUACCUUGACUUUAUUGUGCUUAAGCCAUUUUGCCACAACUUUGGAAGUAUGAUUGGGGUCAUUGUCCAUUUGGAAGACCCAUUUGCGACCAAGCUUUAACUUCCAGACUGAUGUCUUGAGAUGUUGCUUCAAUAUAUCCACAUCAUUUCCCUUCCUCAUGAUGCCAUCUAUUUUGUGAAGUGCACCAGUCCCUCCUGCAGCAAAGCACCCCCACAGCAUGAUGCUGCCACCCCCGUGCUUCACGGUUGGGAUGGUGUUCUUCAGCUUGCAAGCUCCCCCUUUUUCCUCCAAACAUAAUGAUGGUCAUUAUGGCCAAACAGUUCUAUUUUUGUUUCAUCAGACCAGAGGACAUUUCUCCAAAAAGUAUGAUCUUUGUCCCCAUGUGCAGUUGCAAACCGUAGUCUGGCUUUUUUAUGGCGGUUUUGGAGCAGUGGCUUCUUCCUUGCUGAGUGGCCUUUCAGGUUAUGUCGAUAUAGGACUCGUUUUACUGGGGAUAUAGAUACUUUUGUACCUGUUUCCUCCAGCAUCUUCACAAGGUCCUUUGCUGUUGUUCUGGGAUUGAUUUGCACUUUUCGCAACAAAAUACGUUCAUCUCUAGGAGACAGAACGCGUCUCCUUCCUGAGCGGUAUGACGGCUGCGUGUCCCAUGGUGUUUGUACUUGCGUACUAUUGUUUGUACAGAUGAACGUGGUACCUUCAGGCGUUUGGAAAUUGCUCCCAAGGAUGAACCAGACUUGUGGAGGUCUACAAUUGUUUUUCUGAGGUCUUGGCUGAUUUCUUUAGAUUUUCCCAUGAUGUCAAGCAAAGAGGCACCUGAGUUUGAAGGUAGGCCUUGAAAUACAUCCACAGGUACAGCUCAAAUUGACUCAAAUGAUGUCAAUUAGCCAAUCAGAAGCUUCUAAAGCCAUGACAUCAUUUUCUGGAAUUGUCCAAGCUGUUUAAAGGCACAGUCAACUUAGUGUAUGUAAACUUCUGACCCACUGGAAUUGUGAUACAGUGAAUUAUAUGUGAAAUAAUCUGUCUGUAAACAAUUGUUGGAAAAAUUACUUGUGUCAUGCACAAAGUACUUGCCAAAACUAUUGUUUCUUAACAAGAAAUUUGUGGAGUGGUUGAAAAACGAUUGCAACCUAAGUGUAUGUAAACUUCCGACUUCAACUGUAUGCCUGAUUUCUCUGUCCCCUCCCCAGUCAUCAACACUAUCAUUGAACCCAGUGGAAUUCUUGAGCCAGCCAAAGCCUCCACUCCUAGUGCCCCCUCCUCAGCCGGGUUGAGGCCAUCCAGGGCCCCUUCGAGAGACUGGAGAACCUCAGGUUCCCAGCAGAGUGGUGGUGGGGGCCCCUCUGCCAGCUCCAGGCCCAGUGAGUGCGUCAGGAGAUCAGCUAUGGCCUCUGAGGCAGAGAGCUACGUGGUCUGA